AUGUAUUCCACAACGCUCUCGAGUCUUGUGUUUGCAGCAUCGUCUGCGCUGUCUGUGACAGCCCAUUCCAUCUUUCAGGAAAUGUACGUGAACGGCGUUGAUCAGGGUCAUAUAACUGGAAUUCGUGUACCGGAUUACGAUGGUCCUAUCACAGAUGUCACUUCCAACGAUGUUAUCUGCAAUGGUGGCAUCAACCCGUACCAUCAGCCCAUCUCACAAGCCAUCAUCACGGUACCAGCUGGCGCGACGGUCACAACUGAGUGGCACCAUACACUAGACGGUGCCGAUCCGAGUGAUCCGGCAGACCCGAUUGACAAGAGCCAUAAAGGUCCAGUGAUGUCAUACCUAGCCAAAAUCCCGAACGCGACGCAAUCCGACGUGACCGGUUUGAAAUGGUUCAAGAUCUACGAGGACGGUUUAAAUCCUGGUGACCAAUCUUGGGGCGUGGACCGUAUGAUCGCUAACAAGGGGAAAGUGACCUUCACGAUCCCAGAUUGUAUCGAGGAGGGGCAGUACUUAUUGCGACAUGAACUCAUUGCUCUUCAUGCUGCAUCGAGCUACCCCGGAGCACAGCUCUACAUGGAAUGUGCACAAUUGCAGAUCACUGGCGGUGGAAAAAGCCAACCCGCAACAGUGUCAUUCCCGGGUGCAUACUCCGGCAGUGACCCUGGAAUUAAAAUUAACAUUUACCAAACACUUUCGAGCUACACCAUUCCAGGACCGCCUGUAUUUUCAUGCAGUGGCUCUGCCGCUGGUGGGGCCUCGAGUUCAGCACCCGCUGCACCGGUCAGCACUCCACCAGUAGCAACAACUAUUCAAAGCAGCGGUCCGGCUCCUGCACCGACCUCGACUACUGCUAGUGGUGCAACGGCUGCUCACUAUGCUCAAUGCGGUGGGAUUGGUUUCACCGGUCCAACAACGUGCACGGCUCCCUACACAUGCACAGUAUCGAACGAAUAUUACAGCCAAUGUCUGUAA